CCCGUGGUUUUCAGUCAGUGGGGCAAGGGCAGCUCCGGUUUUUGCUUUUGCUAUCGCCGCCGCCGGUGGGCGCGGGGCUGCUAUGGCGCUGGAGACUCUGUCGCCGGACUGGGAGUUCGACCGCGUCGACGACGGCUCGCAGAAAAUCCAUGCUGAAGUGCAGUUGAAGAAUUAUGGGAAGUUCCUUGAGGCAUAUACAUCCCAGCUGAGGAGAAUUGAAGAUGCACUGGAUGAAUCUAUAGGAGAUGUUUGGGACUUCAAUCUUGAUCCCAUUGCAUUAAAUCUUUUGCCUUAUGAACAGUCUUCCCUACUUGAACUCAUAAAGACAGAAAAUAAGGUUCUAAACAAAGUCAUUACUGUGUAUGCAGCCCUUUGCUGUGAAAUCAAAAAACUAAAAUAUGAGGCAGAAACAAAAUUUUAUAAUGGCCUCUUGUUUUAUGGAGAAGGAGCUGUGGGUUCCAGUAAGGUUGAAGGAGAUAGCCAAAUACAGAUGGGAAGAUUUAUUUCAUUUUUACAGGAGCUGACUUGCUUUGUGACACGAUGCUAUGAAGUGGUGAUGAAUGUAGUUCACCAGUUGGCUGUACUUUAUACCAGUAACAAGAAUGCCCCUAAAGUUAUAGAGACUUCAGGAGUUCAUUUUCAGGCUAUGUAUGAGCAUCUGGGGGAGCUGCUGACAGUUUUACUCACACUGGAUGAAAUCAUAGAAAAUCAUGUCACCCUGAAAGACCACUGGACCAUGUACAAAAGGUUAUUAAAAUCUGUCCAUCACAAUCCCUCUAAAUUUGGAGUCCAGGAAGAUAAAUUGAAGCCAUUUGAAAAGCUGUUAUUGAAACUAGAAAGCCAAUUACUGGAUGGGAUGAUAUUCCAGGCUUGUAUAGAGCAGCAGUUUGAUCGCCUCAGUGGGGGAGUAUCGAAGAACAGCACUUUUGCUGAGGAGUUUUCGCAUAGUAUUCGCAUGAUUUUUGCAAAUGUUGAAUCUAAACUUGGUGAACCCUCAGAAAUUGAUCAGAGAGAUAAGUACGUAGGAGUUUGUGGGCUCUUUGUACUGCAUUUUCAGAUAUUUCGGACUGUAGACAAGAAAUUUUACAAAUCGUUGCUGGACAUUUGCAAGAAGGUGCCAGCUAUCACACUUACUGCUAAUAUUGUUUGGUUUGCUGACACCUUUCUGAUCCAGAAGAUGCCAGCUGCUGCCAAGCUUCUGGACAGGAAAAGUUUUCACUCUGUAAAAAUACACAGAGAGAGCUUUCUACAGCAAAAGUCGCAGUCACUUAUCAAAGAGAUGCAAUCGUAUUAUGUGUUUGUAAGCUCAUGGAUGAUGAAAAUGGAAUCUAUUUUGUCGAAGGAGCAACGAGCGGACAAGUUUGCAGAGGAUCUCACUAACAGGUGCAAUGUUUUUAUACAGGGGUUUCUUUAUGCUUAUAGCCUUAGUAACAUCAUUAAAACUACAAUGAAUCUGCAUAUGUCAAUGCAGAGGCCUAUGACUAAAACCUCAGUUAAAGCAUUGUGCAGGCUUGUGGAACUUCUCAAAGCAAUAGAACAUACAUUUUACAGAAGAAGUAUGGUUGUUGCUGAUUCAGUCACGCACAUAAUUCAGCACCUUCAGUAUCAAGCUCUUAAUGCCAUUGCUGUAGCCAAGAAAAGAGUAAUUUCUGACAAAAAGUACAGUGAACAGCGCCUUGAUGUACUUUCUGCUCUUGUAUUGGCUGAGAAUACUCUCAAUGGCCCUAGCACAAAACAGAGACAACUUGUUAUUUCCCUUGCCCUCAGUGUGGGCACACAAAUGAAAACGUUUAAAGAUGAAGAGCUCCUUCCUCUUCAAGUAGUUAUGAAAAAGUUAGCCUUAAUCAGUGAACUUAGGGAACGUGUCCAAGCACAAUGUGACUGCUGCUUCUUGUACUGGCACAGAACUGUAUUUCCAAUUUAUUUGGAUGAUGUGUACGAAAAUGCAGUAGAUGCUGCUAGGUUACAUUACAUGUUUAGUGCUUUGCGGGAUUGCGUACCAGCUAUGAUGCACUCAAGGCACUUGGAAUCCCAUGAGAUUCUUCUGGAAAGCUAUGACAAAGAAAUCAUGGAUGUUUUAAAUAAGCACCUUCUGGACAAAUUAUGCAAAGAAAUAGAAAAGGAUCUGCGGCUCUCUGUGCAUACACACUUAAAAUUAGAUGACAGAAAUCCAUUCAAAGUUGGAAUGAAGGAUCUUGCCCACUUCUUUUCUUUGAACCCGAUUCGCUUUUUUAAUCGUUUCAUAGAUAUCAAAGCCCAUGUGACACAUUACCUGGAUAAGACUUUCUACAAUCUCACCACAGUAGCUCUACAUGAUUGGGCCACAUACAGUGAAAUGAGAAAUUUAGCAACUCAGCGCUAUGGCUUAACUAUGACAGAAGCACAUCUUCCUAGUCAGACUUUAGAACAGGGUCUUGAUGUUCUGGAAAUCAUGAGGAAUAUUCAUGUAUUUGUAUCCCGAUACCUCUACAAUCUCAAUAAUCAGAUCUUCAUUGAGAGAAUCAGCAAUAAUAAGCAUUUGAACACCAUAAAUAUCCGGCACAUUGCUAAUUCAAUUCGAACACAUGGCACAGGAAUAAUGAACACAACAGUAAAUUUCACAUACCAGUUUUUGAGAAAGAAAUUUUAUAUCUUUAGCCAGUUCAUGUAUGAUGAACACAUCAAAUCCAGGCUGAUCAAAGAUAUCCGAUUCUUUAGGGAAGUUAAAGAUCAAAAUGAUCACAAGUAUCCCUUUGAGAGAGCAGAGAAAUUCAACAGGGGGAUCAGAAAACUUGGAAUUACACCUGAUGGACAAAGUUACCUUGACCAAUUCAGGCAACUAAUAAGCCAGAUAGGAAAUGCUAUGGGCUAUGUACGGAUGAUAAGGUCUGGUGGACUUCACUGCUGCAGCAGUGCAAUUAGGUUUGUUCCUGAUCUUGAAGAUAUUGUUAAUUUUGAAGAACUUGUCAAAGAGGAAGGUCUCCCAGAAGAAACACAAAAAGCAGCCAGGCAACUGGAUUCUGUACUUGGUGAUCUUACACGCAACUCUGCAGAAGGCACAGAGUACUUCAAAAUGCUUGUGGAUGUGUUUGCUCCUGAAUUUCGCAGUCCAAAGAACAUGCAUCUGCGCAACUUUUAUAUAAUUGUACCCCCACUGGCUCUCAACUUUAUAGAACAUUCAAUUGGUUGCAAGGAGAAACUGAAUAAAAAGAAUAAAGCUGGUGCAGCUUUCACUGACGAUGGCUUUGCCAUGGGUGUGGCUUACAUUCUAAAGCUUUUAGACCAGUACCAAGAAUUUGACUCCCUGCACUGGUUCCAGUCAGUACGAGAGAAGUAUUUGAGAGAGAUCAGAGCAUUAACAAAGCAACAGAACGUCCAGUCAGCUAGUCAAGAUGAAAAGCUACUACAGACUAUGAACCUUACUCACAAGCGACUGGAUGUUUGUUUGCAGGAGUUUGAACUACUUUGUUUCUCGCUAAGCAGUGCAAGGAUCUUUUUUAGAGCAGAUAAAACGGCAGCAGAAGAAAAUCAAGAUAAAAAAGACAGAGAAGAUGAAACUGUAAAAACAAACAAUGGAGAUAUGUCCAGCUCUACUUCUGCUGAUCCUCUUGUGAAAUGAGAGCUGUGAAAUCCAGUACAAUGGUGAUUUCAUGAAAUGGAUGAGAUGAAUCCAGCAUGGAAUAUGUUACCUUCUGAAUUUUGAUAAUGUCGCAGAAGAAAAAGUAUAGAAAAAAUCCUCGCUCGUUUAGCUCCAAAUUGACAGUUCAUCCUUUCUGUUGAAGUUUCACUAAAAUACAUUUUUUGGCCUAAAUUACUUGUUUUGGUGUGGGGGGGGGGAGAGAUUUGUUUAUUUACUCUUACAACUAUUUCAUAGCUUUCUUUCUUUAAUUCUCUUGUAUUUUGUGUGACUGAAUCAGGUAGAUGUCAAAUUACACCCUUGGCAUUGCUGCUGCUGUGUAUUUCCUAUUAUGUUAUGUCCCAGCUUAAAGAUCUGCCCUAGUUUAUAGACCUUUGGAAUCCAAAGAACCUGCCAGCUUAGAGGGGCAACCUCUGUCUUUCAGAGACUGACAGUGUACAAACACCUUUCUCCUGUAAUAAACAUACUCAUCCCCAUUUCUCCUUUUUGACCUCCAAUUUGACAGAAUUCUUAACUUAGAGCAUCACAUGUGCCUGAAUUGUACAGUGCUAACCAAACAACCAUGGUCUUAGUGACACAUUAUACACAUCCUUAGUCUUUACCUGGAUCUCAACUCAUAUACAUGCACUGCUUAUGUGAAUAUAUACAUAUGUACAGUAAUAUAGUUUUAAUUGUGAAUAAAGGAUGUUAGUCAUUGAACACCUUUCAUGUUGUAGAAGCUGUUAAAAAAUGAACAAUUUGGGUCUUUAAUGUGAUUUCCAAUUAACAUGGUUAGUGCAGGUAGCAAUAUAUUCCUACUGGUGACAAGGAAUGGAAUCCCCUUAAGAUCACUCGCAUGCAGCUUCAGGUAGGCAAGAGUUCUUUCUGCUGCUGAUUAUAGGUGGCUUGAAACUGGGGGAGGGAUUUCCAUCAUUAAAAGGGUGGUACAGGUCAGUAAGUUGAUAUGGAGGUACUGUUUCUUCUCGCUCAUUCUGCCUUUGAAUAAUCCACAUUUAUGCAUAAACACAGCAGCUAAUGGUCCCUCUUUUCAUAAGCUUUGUUUACAAAAAAUGAGUUUUUUCUUCUCAUAUUCAGAUCUCUUCUUUUCCAUUAAGUCUGUAACAGAACAUCACCCCUAAAAGCAGUUUCCCAUAGCAGAAAUCUAAGUGAAAGAGACUCUUGGCAGUUACAUGAUCUUAAAAUGCUUUUCCAUAAGAGUAGUAUGGAAGGGGAAAAGGAGGAGGACAUGGAUCAAUCCAGCCAAGUCACCAGUACUUUGGACUCUUGUAUGUUUGAGCUUCUGACCUGAGGUACAGAUUUGAGGUCUUGUUGCAUGUUGUCAUUGAAUUAAUUUGACCAGUUCCAUCUAUAGCUAUGUUUAAAUUCUCAGGAAUGAAAGGGACCAAAUAUGUCUUAUUCCAAUUUGUUUUACAAAGUUGUUACCUCAAUUCAGUUUAUUCUGUACAUAAUGUUAAUAAAUGUAACUUUGGAAAGUG